AUGACUAAUAAAUUUGCUGAAGAAGCACCCACUCAUCCAGAUGACUCUGAAGAUGAAAAUCUCAAUGUGGAUGUAUUUCAAGAAGAAUAUAUUAUACAAGACAGCAAGGAUGAACAGGAUCCACAUGAAGACAUUGACAAUGAGCUUUUAUUGGAAAAAACCAUGAAUGAGGUUUACACGUACUGCCAAGAUUGCAACAUUGAUCAACACUCGACUGACCAUGACAAUCCCUCCCCAGAACAGGCUGCCACCAGGGAUGGCCAUUUGUGGAGCUUUGGGAGGCUAGGAGCUCCCCUGAAGCAAAUUGAUAUGCACACUUGGGCUGCAGCAUGCAAAGAAGCAGACACCAAUUUUCGAGACACCGUCCUUUCUCUGGCAAUAUCAGAUGCUGACUUCAUUGAGAAUUCUACAAGGUUGACACAUGAAAUCAAGGAUGUCGGGAUCAGACUUGCACCCCAUCAACAAGUCCAAAACCUCAGGUGGAUGGGCCCCAUACAAAGUCAGCUGAGGAAGUUGGUUUUUGACCAUAUAUCUGUGAUAGAUGGUGAAAUCCAAGUUGACCUUCAUCAAGCCAACUGUUGGUUGGAGCAAGAGCAAAUGGCCCUUGACUCCCUGGCAAAUAUCCUUGUCCUCUCCACUGGUGUUAGCUUCUGUGGGUGGCAGUUAUCGUCUGUUCGCUUUGAUUGUUCAGAAUUGAUGGACCGGAAUGUCUGGAUUGUGGACAACACCUUCAUUGCUACCCACCCCAAGGCAAAACAGUGCAACAGAGAAUUUGUGCCAACACCUGUUGCCUUUCCCAAGAAGUUGUUCUCAUACAUUGCGGUUUACCUCUACUUCAUCCGGCCAGUUGCAUGCAAUGUCUUAAAAGCCCUUAAUCGUGAUUUUUCUUAUCAUUCAAGCAUUCUCUGGGCCCAUUCCAUACCUUUGGAAGGGCAUGUUUUGAGAGCAUGGAGUGGACGUGACGUGGCAUUAUGCACAGGAAGGCUAAUGAAGAAGCUCACUGGCCUCAGAAUAACUCCUUUACUUGCCUGUCAAGUUUCUCAGGCCAUCUUCCAUGACAAAUUCCCCCAACUAUUUUCAGAUGUCCCAACUGUGCUCAAUGAACUAUACCUAUAUGGAAAUCGCUGCAGAUUCCCCAGCUGGCUGGACCUCCUAACUGAGGCUGCUGUUAAGCUCCUUACUGUUAGUCAGAUAUGGCAGGCAAUGUUAGAGGUUGAACCUGUUUCUUCAAUAUGGAUGCCACUGGUGGAAGGUUGCUGCAUCCUUCCAUCAGAGAGGAAGGAGAAUUGGGAGGCAGCAUUCCUGACUGCCAACAGUUACUCUGAUUUUUCAUAA